AUGGACAUUCCAACAAUUGAUUUAUUGUCAUUUUGUAGUUCACAGAGUGAUGAUAUAGUUAAUAAAAUAGCAAAUGCUUGUCAAACUAUAGGUGCAUUCUAUGUAACAAACUCAACACUACCAACUUUUGAAAACGAUUAUGAAGCAUUACAACAAUUGUUACGAUUUUUUGAAUUACCCAUUGAUAUAAAAAAUAAAAUAUCGGGGAAAAUCAAUCGUGAUCAUCGCGGAUAUGCAUUUACUGAAGAUGUAGAAUCGAAUGAACUACGUGAAUGGGUAUAUAUAGGUGAUGAAAAUAGUGAUAGUUAUGCGAAGAAUCAAUGGCUUGAAGAAGAAGAACUUCCAGGAUGGAAACAUGCGAUUGAAACUCAUUUUAAAUUAAUGUCAUCGACUGGAAAAUUAUUAUAUCAAGCCUUUUCAUUGGCAUUAGGAAAAGAGAAGAAUUUUUUGGAAGAAACAUUUCAUCGAGAACCAACUGUAUUACUUCUUAGAUAUCCAUCAGGUGGUAAAUGUCCAGAACAUACAGAUGUUGGUUUUUUAGCUAUUAACUUAUUAGAUUCAACUGGUGGUUUACAGAUCAAACCACGUGGAAGUGAUAUUUGGGUAGAUGUGCCAGCACGUGAAAAUACAUUUCUAUGCCAUAUUGGUGAUGCAUUAGAACGAGUGACAAAUGGUUUAUGGUAUUCAGUUCCACAUCGUGUUCGACAUGAGAAAUCUGGAUAUCGUUAUGGUAUUGUAAUGUUCAACAAUCCGCAUGCUGAGAGUAUAAUUUCACCAUUAGAUAACUAUAUUACAAAUAAUUUCGAUGAGAAUAACGAACAUAAAUCAUUGCCAGUCAUCUAUAAAGAUUUUCAUCGACGUCGAUUAAAUGAAUUAAAAUAUUAA